GACAAAACAGAUGCGAAUAGAUGUGCAUAAAAUCGAUUUGCGAAAGGGAAAUAAAUCAUUUUGGUGUGUCUGUUGUCAUGGCAACCACUAAGCGUCAAAAUAUGGCGUCUUUGCUGAGCGAGGUACUGUUUGAAACCGCUGGACAAGGUCCGCCUCCCUCUAAAGACUUCUACCAGUUUGUUGUCACACAAAACGAGAUUAUAUGGAGGUGGUGGAAGAUUUCAGUUCGGUCUGAACUCAGAGGAGCACCGCCUGGAGAAAUAAAACAGCUCCACCACGACUUUUUGAAUGAUGGAAGGUUGCAGGAGCAGCUAUCUGCAGUGUUUGGCACUAGGAUCCUGGACUACACUUUGGCUCUCUGUCGAGGGCAUGUUGACUACCUGGAACGUUUACCUGACAAGCUGCUCCUCAAAAUCCUUUCCUACAUAUCCUUACAGGACGUUGCCCACCUCAGCCAAACCUCGAGCAGGUUUAGGAAGGUGUGUAACUCAGAUGAGAUCUGGAGGCAGGCUGUGAGGAGUAACUGUGAUAUGAUAACUGAAGACAUGGAGAUGCUGGCAAAUGUCAUGGGAUGGAAGAACAUCUUCUUCAAGUUUUAUUAUAAUAAAGAACAUGACAGCACAGCCUUUUCCGCGCAGGAAGAAGAUGAAGCCAAUACCAAAUCUCCACAAGCUAUGAAAUAACUAUGUCAACCAAAAAGACAAUCAUACGAUCUUAAAGCGUUUCAUUUAUCGCUUUAGUCUUUUUAAAAAAAUUCUAAUUCAGACCAGUUGUGCCGUGUUAUGACCGACAAGGUAUUACAUAUUCAAGUGUUAAUUUUAUAUUUUAAUGUGUGUAAUCCAUAAAUAACUAGUCAGUAUUGCGUAUAUUCACUGUUUCUGUCACCAAAUACCGCUAUGUUUUGUCACACUUUACUUCCGCCCUCUAGUGGGGACUGUUGAUCUAUUUUCAGUUGCUGUAAUUUGGAAAACGACCAGAAGAUGGCGCAAGUUAAUAAAGUGAG